AUGCUACCAUCACUCCAGCCUCAUAGACCAAGAUUUCCGCCGGAGCCAGCGCCUGGCAGAAGAGAAAUCCCAGUAUCGCGCUACAUCAAUCCGCUGUCACAGCAGCCAAUCCGUAGUUUCGCGGAACAGAUAACUGGCCAGCAAGCACAAUUCGUCUUCCCCUUUCCGAGGACCCAGAUAGAAGCCCUACCACCAUCCCGAGCGCCCCAACAACCGGCCUCGCAACCACGCCCAAACUACGACAGCGCAGUGAGGCAUCCAGUGUUCUUCACAGAGCGGUGGCGGAAGCCGCCCUUCCCCCUGCCAAUGGACAGGGGCGGCGGCGUCGUCAAUCCCGUGACUCAGGGGUACGUGUUCGAAGGCGGCGGGGAGAGCUCUGCAGCGGGGAAGCAGACGAAGUUGUGA